CGAUCAGCCCGACACUGCCACCUGCAGGGAGGAAUGUCCACGUGCGAGCUGUGCGGAAGGGCGACGGGGACACGCGGACGCCCACGGCUUGGCGAGCUGCACGUCGCAACGCGUCCACAGGUUCAAGCCCCGGAGCACUGAAGGAUUUCCCAACUUGCCAAAAGACAAACACGAGAAGAGCGUGGCGUGGGACUUUGAGCCCUCGGUCCCCAGAGCGGGCCGCGCGCGAUGCUUGGACCUGGCGCCCCCCGGCUGACGACACUGCUGCUGCCCCCGCCGCGGCGCCUCCUGCGCCUUCCAUCUCGCGGCAUCAUCGACAUGUCGUACACGCAGCACUUCGUGGAGGGCGGACGGCCGCUUCCGCGCUCGCACUCCAAGCUCGUGGUGACGGCGCUCAGCACCGACUUCCGCGAAGCCGUCCGGCUGCAGGAGGCGCCCGUGCCGAGCCCGGACAGCGACCAGGUGCUGGUGCGCAACAGGUUUGUGGGCAUCAACGCGUCGGACAUCAACUUCUCAGCGGGGCGCUACAACCCGCGCGUGCGCCCGCCGUUCGACGCGGGGCUGGAGGCGGUGGGCACGGUGGUGGCGCGAGGGCUGGCGGCGAGCGCGCGCUUCUCGCUGGGGCAGCCCGUCGCCUACGCCGUCGAGGGGGCCUUCGCCGAGUACAAGGUCGUCCCGACCGCCAGCAUCUUCCCGCUGCCGGAGCUGAAGGCCGAAUACCUGACGCUGCCAGUGAGCGCCCUCACCGCGCUGCUCAGCCUGGAACGUUCCGCGGAGCUGCGCGCCGGCGAGUCCGUGCUGGUGACGGCCGCGGCCGGCGGCACGGGCCAGUUCGCCGUGCAGCUGUCGGCUCGCGCCGGGUGCCGCGUGCUCGGCACGUGCUCGUCGGACGAGAAGGCCGCCUUCCUCGCCACGCUCGGGUGCCACCGGCCCAUCAACGUGCGCAAGGAGAGCCUCGCCAAAGUGCUCAAGGAGGAGUGCCCCAAGGGCGUGAACGUGGUGUACGAAUCGGUGGGCGGCGACACGUUCGAGACGGCCGUCAACAGCCUGGCGGUGGGCGGCCGCCUCAUAAUCAUCGGCUACAUCGAGGGCUACCGGGCAGAAGCGGGCAGCGCCGGCGGUGACAAAAAAACAAAAUCCGCCAGGGUCCUGCCGAGCGUCCAGGCGCACCUGCUGGUGAAGUCGGCGAGCGUGCGCGGGUUCUUCCUGCCGCACUUCGUGGCGGAGCACGGGGCCGGGGUGGAGCGGCUGGCGGGCAUGGUGCGACGCGGCGAGCUGCUGGCGGCGGUCGACGGCGGCGCCGCCACGGACGGCGGGCCGUUCCGCGGGCUGGGUGACGUCCACCGCGCCGUCGAGCACCUGUACUCGCGCCGGAGCCUCGGCAAGGUCGUGGUGGAGCUGCCGGAUUCGCCCGCGGCCAAGCUGUAGUGGCAGUUAGUCGACGGGCAGGGUCGUGUGUGGUGUGGUCGGUAGAGGGCGGGUACUCUCCCUCGCCUCUCCCAAGACUUUGCAAGACGUGAAACAGUACGUCUAAGGACCCUCUAGAGGAAUACUCUAGAGCUUCGUCGAGUGAAGGCCUAUCUGCCAGCAGUGGUGUGUGCAAGUACUUGCAGGGCUACAACGUUACCUUCACCAAGCUGUAGCUUAUGUUGGUUCUGACUGGAACUCGGGAGGGCUUCAGAGUUUUUUGGCAAAGUAAGCUUUGAGGGAUGGUGCGUUAGCGGGCGCCCCUAGCAUCGGCGGACGGCAGUGAGAACACAGUGUGAGGUGGGCAAGUGGUGAAAGAGGAGGCAAUGGUGCAGAGUUAGAGGUUCUAGAUGCUUGAGAAUGUUGUGUGUGGAUGUGAGCAUGACCAGAUGCGUGAGAGUUAUGCGUGUGGUGAGCGCGAGCGUAAGUGGGUAUUGUGGGUGGUUGGUGGUGGAGAGUUAUGGCUGUGAGUGCACGUUAUGUGUGUUUUAACGUGAUCAUCUGGGAGGGCUUGGAGUGCGUGCUGGAGACUUGACGGACAUGAUGCAACAAAAUGGAUAUCUAGGUUUUCGGACAGAAUAUGAAUCCAUUGGUCCGACGUGAUUGCAGUUACAAUUAUUUGCAGAGAUGGCUCAAUGAUUCGUCUACAGGAAUCGAACUCAACUCAAUGUAGUGGAGUGAACACUGACUACUUGCCGACAAAACUAACAAUGCAGCUGCAGAAUAUUUUUUAACUGUGUAUGCCAAGCAUGCCGUUAUAGUAAUUGGCUCAUUACUCAGUAUGUAAUUGCCUGUGUCUUAAUGUCAAACUUGCCUACAGUUUGAUUUAGCCAGGGUCUGCCAGUGAUUGCAAGCCGAACGCAAUUACCAGCGUGUAUACAAUUAACUAGAUAAGGGUGAAUAAGCACUGUGAUAUAAUGUUUGAAGAGUUAUUUGCUAAAGCGUGUUUGACACUUGCUUUUUGAAUGCACACACACACGCAAGUACACGAAACAUUGGGAUGCAAUGUCUAAAAAAGAAGAUGGUCUGUAAUUGGGAACCGCACCGACAGGAGACGGAUGAGCUCGCAGGAGACGAACACAUUCUUAGUUCACCCACGAGAGGGCCAACGCCCCUGUCGGCAUCGCCUAGGAAAGAAUUCAAGUAAGACUUCAUGGUAUGUAAAUGUCAAAAAUAAAAGUCUUAGUAAUUAGAUAGGUACUAAUUAGAUAGGUACUUUGGCCAUCAGUCCACUUUUUGGAGGAAUGUUAUCAUGGAAAAUAAGGAUUAUUUUGCAACUUGCUGUUGAUGCUGAUAGACGCACCAUCGUCGUCAUUUCCAACAUCGUCAUUGUUGUUUUUAAGUGGCGCUAAGCUGCCUUUGCCCUACUAUCCGUAGCUCGCUGGGAGGGCAGAACAAGUUACUCCUGCACACAACAAACGCCAACCCAGAUGUGCGCAGCAGGACUAGUAGCUGCAUUCAAUCGAAACCAACUUUUCAGGGACAUUUAAAGGCCCCCACCGCUUUCGCCCGGCUUUCAAAUAAUACUUGAGCCUGGCUCCGUGCCUCAAGUCAAGGUCAUUUAUGUCUGAAAUAUUGGGCGCGUUAUCAUUUGUAUAAUUAUAAAUGUGUUUUUAUUUGUGUGUGAGACGAAGUCUGGUUGGUUGGCUCGUUCCGUCCACGGGAUUUUGCGUGCCGACAUCAGCAAGUACAUGCCUCGGUGGCAGUGGGGAAUUCAGCCAACGCCAAAAUUCCACAAAAGUGACAAAUAUUAUGUGAAUGGGGCCACAGAAGCCUCUUUCAAGGUUAGAGCUCGUUUAGAGUAAAACUGGAGAUCCCAAAUUGUAUACAGAAUUUGGAAAUUUAAAAAAUCGCUGUUUGAAAAAGUAGUUUUCAAAAUUAACAAACUUACCGAAUAAAACGUUAAAAAUAAAACUUGACAAAGAAACGUGAUCUCCGCAUUGUUUGAUUUACCUUUUUUAAACGUCCACAUUUGUGCUCGCCAAUAAAUGAACGAGAACCUA